GCUCACAUCGUCUCGUACUCAUCCAUAGCGCUGCGUGUGACCAACACGGUCUGCUUUGGUACCCUUUUGAAUGUCUCUAUUUGAGCUAUUUUCACAGAGCUACGGUCGACUCUACACGCUUCUGGUCGCUGCACGAGUCGUAUUCGCCUUCGUUGGCACGGGCUACAUACACCCCGACGAAUACUUCCAGAAUGGCGAAGUUACUGCAGGUCAUUUCAUUUGCUGUGUCUCGAAAACGUCAAGGUUAUAUGAGAACAUUUAGGCAGUGUGCUCGGCCUGCAUACACUGAAGACUUGGGAGUGGGACCUGUCGUUCCCUUGUCGAUCCAUACUCCCACCUGCAAUGACCACUGGAGCUGCCUUCACCGUACUACAUAAAUUAUCUGACAGUACGUUGAGAAAUACAUGCAUAAAAAAUGUCUUUUUCACUUAUCUGCCGAAGAUGUUUCGCCUGCCCAUAUAUUCUUUGCAGAAAGGGCGGUACUCCUCCUUCUCUCAUUCUUUCUGGGUGCGCUUACACAUCAG